AUGCACAGUACCAUGAAGCUCAGAGCACAAGUGAUAGUGCUAGCGGCGGCAGCCCAUGUUCGGCUGACGCUGCCGACGGCGCAAUGCUACUGGCUCAACCCGGAGAUCUACGACACCGGCGGGCUGAGCCAGGGCGUGUUCCCUGAGGGGUUCGUGUUCGUGUUCGGGACGGCCGCGUCGGCGUACCAGGUCGAGGGGAUGUCGAAGCAGGGAGGGCGGAGGCCGAGCAUCUGGGACGCCUUCAUCGAGGUACCAGGGACGAUCCCUGACAAUGUCACCGCUGAUGUCACGGUCGACGAGUAUCAUCGGUACAAGGAAGAUAUGAACAUAAUGAAGAACCUGAGCUUCGAUGCGUAUCGGUUUUCGAUUUCUUGGUCUAGGAUUUUCCCAAGUAAUUCUGGUCAGGCGAACCAGGAAGGAGUGGAGUACAACAGGCUCAUAUAUUACAUGAUUCAGCAAGGCAUCGCCCUAUAUGCAAAUCUCUACCACUAUGACCUCCCGUUGGCACUCCAUGAGCAGCACCUGGGCUGGCUUAGCCCAAAGAUUGUGGAGGCGUUUGCAGAUUACGCCGACUUCUGCCUCCAGUCGUUCGGGGACAGGGUGAAGAACCGGUUCACUUUCAACGAGCCAAGGUGCGUCGCUGCCCAGGGCUACGAUAAUGGCUACAAUGCACCGGGAAGGUGUUCUUCGCGCGACGCAAGAGGCAACUCCACGACGGAGCAGUACCUCGUUGCCCACCAUCUUAUCCUUUCUCAUGCAGCUGCUGUGAAGCGAUACCUCGAUAAGUACCAGCUUUACCAAAAGGGGAGGAUUGUAAUUCUCUUGGAUUUUGUACGGUUCGAGCCUUUCAGCGACAGCAACGCAGAUCAAGCUGCAGCGCUGAGGGCUAGGGAUUUCCAUCUUGGAUGGUUUCUUCACCCCAUUACAUAUGGCCGGUAUGCGUACUCAAUGUUGAAGAUUGUCAAGGACAGAAUGCCAGCGACGGUUGUAUCUGCAGAACUAAUCUGUUUCAUGUAUGUUCCACAAUCAGAGAUUGGGACACCUGGAAUCAAUCUAUCUGAUUUUGAUUCUGCUUUAAGGCCAGCAGCACCAUCUGCAGGAGAUCCACAAAUCACUCCACACGAUCACGUCCACCCCUACGUCUGGACGAGCCCGGCUAACUUCAAUGAACGUGUGUCUGAGGAGGAGCCUCUCCGCUUCUCCACACCACAACACUCGCACGCCGUCGUGUUCCACGAGCGAUUGAGCGGUGUGUUCCACGCGCCAGAACCAACAGCCAGCUUGGCUGCGUGGGGACGCGCGCGGCCGGAGAGCGACGCGCCCAGGCCCAGCCGCGAUGCCAGGCACAGGCAGCUAUAUCUCCCGCGCUCCUCUCCCGACCACUCGUCACACACUCUCACUCCACUCCAAAAUUUUCACCGGUGCACCGCACGCAACCCGCAGCUGCACCGGUGCACCGCACGCGUGUAG